GUCUUUACUCUCGAACCACCCAUCUGGCAUCGAUGCACACCUCUUGAUCUCUCCACACGCUUACACACACACACCUAUGUCUCUACGACAGGUCGACAGGGGAGGCAAGCACGCACAGCUGAGUUGACUUUACCGACCCAGUACACGGCUUGAUGUUUGAUUGUCCUGAUCGUCCAUAGCUUAGAGCUAGAUCUGUGGAGUGGAUCCUUUGUUGACUUUGCUGAACUGUUGUUAGUCUAGCGUUUCGGUCAGCCAAGCUAGCUGACUGCAAAAGGGAAGUCGAUUUUUUUUUUUUUUGAAAUCUUGUGAAAGGAGGCUCCGAGUGAGAGGGUAGUCAUCUACCUCAUCAAGACUCACGUCAACAGAUUUUUGCAGAGAAUCUUCUGUUGUGGGGUGGGCAUCCUGUGAGAAGUCAUCAUGUGGGAGUUCCGGUCCAUGACAUUUUGGCGGGCAGUGUUUGCCGAGUUCUUCGGGACCAUGUUCUUUGUGUUUUUCGGGAUGGGCGCAGCCCUCCGCUGGACCACCGGGCCCCACCACAUCCUUCACGUGGCGCUCUGCUUCGGCCUGGCUGCUGCCACCCUCAUCCAGUCUAUCGGCCACAUCAGCGGAGGCCACAUCAACCCGGCGGUGACCUUCGCCUACCUGGUGGGCUCCCAGAUGUCCCUGUUCCGCGCUGUCUUCUACAUGGCUGCUCAGUGCCUGGGCGCUGUUGCCGGCGCCGCCGUGCUCUACGGGGUCACACCCAACAACAUGAGAGGCAACAUGGCGCUGAACGUGCUGCAGCCCGGCAUCAGCCUGGGCAUGGGCACCACCGUGGAGGUGUUCCUCACCAUGCAGCUGGUGGUGUGUGUCUUUGCUGUGACGGAUGAGAGGAGGAACGGACGCAUGGGCUCGGCUGCUCUCUCCAUCGGCUUCUCAGUCACCAUUGGACACCUUAUGGGCAUGUACUACACUGGUGCUGGGAUGAACCCUGCUAGAUCCUUCGCUCCUGCUGUCCUCUUCAGGAACUUCUUUAACCACUGGGUGUACUGGGUCGGCCCCAUGAUAGGAGGUGCCAUGGGCGCUCUUCUGUAUGACUUCAUGCUGUUCCCACGCAUGCGUGGUCUCUCUGAGCGCCUGGCCACACUGAAAGGCAUCCGAUCUCCCGAGACCGAGACCCAGCAGGACACCCGUGGAGAGCCCAUCGAGCUCAAGACGCAAGCCCUAUAAACCUGCCUCAGCCUGGGAUCCGGGACGAGGAACAGGGCCCUGUGUCUGCCAAGCCCCACACUGCCAACCCCUCACCACAACAACACUUGCACAGACUAACACUCAGAUACUCCUAUUGAAACACAACUAAUAUACAGGUUAAAUGCAGUACACAAAACAUUCAACUGUACACUAACAGGUUCACAACCUUCAACCUCAAGACACAACAAGACUACUCUCCCUCAAACCUCAUUUUGUAUCCUGAACUGGACAUUCUGUUAGGUAGAAGCAACCAGGGCCUGCUCCAUGUGCCUGCCCCUCCCACUUACCUCACCACCACCACCCACACCACCACCACCUUCUCUCAACCAACCCUAGUCUACCUGUCUCACUGCUACACUGCCAGAGGAGGUCAGAGAGUAGGCUGUGUCUAGCAGGGUGACCUGGGGCAGGGGCAGUGGUGUCAGGGGAGAGGAGCGGGAUGAGGGUGAGGUUUAGAGAGGAUAUGGGUGGGGUAAGAGGUGAGAAUAUAGGUGGGCCAUGGGCAUAGGCAGGGGUAGAUUAGAGGGUUGGAGAUUGGGGCAGUAGAAGUGUUAAGGGGUUGGGGGUGGGAUUGUAGUCGUAUAGGGUUGAGUUAGACCAGUGAAGAUGGGCAUGCUUUUCAUUAUUCAUCUGAAUUUAUUUUUCAGUUUUCAGUUUCAUUUUGUUUUCUGCACUUCAGACACAAGACGUGGAUGUAUGAUACCAUUCGAUUUUACCAGGGUUUCAUUUUUCAAAUCACCACAUUUUAUCUGUGUGCAUUUGUGAGUAUUUGUGAGUGUGUGAGUGAGUGAGUGAGGAAGUGUGCAUGCUUCUAUAGUAUGUGUGUGUGUGUGUGUGUGUGUGUGUGUGUGUGAGUGUGGGUGACAUUGAAUGAGUGAGUGCGUGUUUGUGUGCUGGUAUGUAUGAGUGUUAUUUUAAGUGAACGUGCCUGUGUUUGUGUGUACGUGUGUGUGUGUGUGUGUGUGUGUGUGUGUGUGUGUGUGUGUGUGCGUAUGUGUGAUCACAGAUAUAGUACUUUUCAUUUUGUUUAAUUUUCAUUACAACUCUCCUGUUUUGUACUGUAUUGUUUCAUUUGUCAUCAAUUUUUAAGACAUUAUAAUUUCUCCUCCCCUCACUGUGGUAUUUGCUAUGAUAUUCAUUUUUACAUAAACCAUCUGCUUUUUUGUUCUGAAAAAAAAAAAAAAAACACGCAAUCCAAAUGAAAUGUUUUGAU